AUGUCGCAACCAUACGAGCCAGAAUUCCAGCAAGCUUUUAACGAGUUCGUCUCCACUAUUAAGGAGUCGACUUUGUUCGAGAAGCACCCUGAAUACGAGAAGGUUAUCCCUGUUGUUUCUAUCCCAGAGAGAAUUCUUCAGUUUAGAGUUACCUGGGAGAAUGAUAAAGGUGAGAUGCAGGUGAAUCACGGUUACAGAGUGCAGUUCAACUCUGCCCUUGGCCCAUACAAGGGAGGUCUUCGUUUGCACCCAACCGUGAAUCUUUCUGUGUUGAAGUUCUUGGGUUUCGAGCAGAUUUUCAAGAAUGCUUUGACCGGCCUUUCCAUGGGUGGUGGUAAAGGUGGUUCUGACUUCAACCCUAAGGGCAAGUCAGACGCCGAAAUCAGACGUUUCUGCGUUGCUUUCAUGAGACAGUUGGCCAGAUACAUUGGCCAGUUCACAGAUGUUCCAGCUGGUGAUAUUGGUACCGGUGGCCGUGAGAUCGGUUUCAUGUUCGGUGCUUACAAGCAGAUGAGAAACCAGUGGGAGGGUGUUCUUACCGGUAAGGGCUUGUCUUGGGGUGGAUCUUUGAUCAGACCUGAGGCCACCGGAUACGGUUUGGACUACUACGUCGAGAAGAUGAUCGAGAAGGCUACCAACGGUAAGGAGUCAUUCAAAGGUAAGAGAGUUGCCAUCUCUGGUGCUGGUAACGUCGCUCAGUACGCUGCUUUGAAGGCCAUCGAUCUCGGUGCCACCGUUGUCUCUCUCUCCGACUCUAAAGGUGCCAUCAUCGCCCAGAAUGGUAUCACACCACAGCAGGUUUUGGACAUCCAGGCCGCUAAGUUGCACUUCAAGUCUUUGAAAGACAUCAUCGUCUCCGCAGACUCGUUCCAGGGUCACAAGAUCCAGUACUUGCCUGGUGCAAGACCUUGGACCAACGUUGGUGCCGUCGACAUCGCCCUUCCAUGUGCCACCCAGAAUGAGGUUUCUGAGGAUGAGGCCAAGGCUUUGGUUGCUGCCGGUUGCAAGUUCAUCGCUGAAGGUUCCAACAUGGGUUGCACCAGAGAGGCCAUCGAUGUUUUCGAGGCUGAGAGAAAGAACGCAAAGACUCUUGGAAGCUCUAUCUGGUAUGCUCCUGGUAAGGCUGCUAACUGUGGUGGUGUUGCCGUUUCCGGCCUAGAGAUGGCCCAGAACUCCCAGAGGGUUCAGUGGACGACCGAGGAGGUCGACAAGAAGUUGAAGGACAUCAUGGUUACAUGCUUCGACAACUGCUACGAGACUGCCAACACUUACAAGGCUGAGGCCAACAAGGGUUCUCUUCCAUCUUUGGUUAUGGGUGCUAACAUUGCCGGUUUCGUCAAGGUCGCUGAUGCUAUGCACGACCAGGGUGACUGGUGGUAA